CAAAGCAUGUAGUUCUUUCAAACAAGAAAAGAAAAAAAGAUACAUUGUUUUAAACGACGAGUCGGAACUCUUGUGGAGCUUGUGUGGUUCGUUCUUGAAGAAACCGGCGAGAGGCCAAAAUGUUGAGAACUCGAUUGUUUUGGUUCAGUAUUGGAUUCGCGACUACAGCUGCUUCCAUUUCGCAAUUCGUCUGGAGAGACCUAUUGGCUCAUCGAUCUGCUCUUUUAUCUGAUAUGGAGCGGAAUUUUGAUGCCCUGGAAGCUAGAAUCUCAAAUCUCGAAUCCGUUCGAAACCGGAAUUCGAUUUCAUCUGCUGAGGAAAUCCCAUUUGGGGGGGAUAAAAGCAACCAGUUUCAUUGAGAAAAUAGCAGGCCAAUGACUGAUUGUUGGUGGAGCUCGUUAUUUAGUUUAGCACACAGAGGGGAAGCAAUCUCAUGAGGUGUUAUUGUUGGUGGGAUUUUGUACCAAUAUUUAUGCAGGAUGAAACCCCAUGCAAAAGUUGUAACUCUUUUCUUUUCUUCCCUUUUCUUUUCUUCCCUCAAUAAAAAUGGAGAAUUUUGUAUAAAAAAAGUGAACUGAACACAAUUAUCCUAUUUGAAUCCUUUGAAACAAUCCUUUGUUUCUCAGUAAGACAAGGGAGGCUUAGCAAGUUUCUCACUGUUGAGUUGAAUUUAA